AUGUCUACACAUCAUCACCUUGCACUGGCUGAGGACGCCAUGGCGAGAUUACGUUUCAACGGCAUCAUAGAUCGCCUGGGUCCGCGGCUUUUUGAGAGACCUGGCGGACCUGUCGAUCUUGCUCUCAUAGCUGACGGAAUGAAAAUGGAGGCGGCUAUACACGCGGCUGUCAGCGGGGCUCUUGCGAUACAAGGCAUAGCGCCGAGGACAAUACAGGAGUCUGUGGCGUCGGCACUUCAAGACAGUGCAUACAACUCAAGCACUGGUGCCUACGACAUUCUUGAGGCAGAGCACCGCGCAUUCGAGGGCAUGGAUGACUGGUGUACGAUACCGGUCUCUUCGUCGGCACCUACGUCCCUCUCAGAGAUCGCCGAAUUCACAAACACCAUCGGUAUUGGCGAUGUUCCUCUUGAUCACUGGUGGGAGAACGACGACGCCAUCACCAUCGAAGGCGAGACUACUCAGGCUGGCAUAGCGGCACAUUGUUUAUUCACAGUCGAGGUGAAAUACGAAGCCUUUGUUCUGAAUCCUUUAUGGUUACUCAUUUUCUAA